AUGCAACAACUAUAAAAUUGUUUGCUUGAUAAAGAAAUGAUUCUGUAAAGUGAUGGUACUCUAUAUAUUGGAUCUUUUUAUUAAUAACACUUUGAGGGAUAUAGUUUGGUAAUCAAUCCAGAUGGAUGUAAUUCUGAUCUAAAUUAUUAGCAUAUUAUUAUGGAUUAUUUAAGAAAUCUAAACCUAAAGAAGUAGGUGUAUAUAAAUUGAAAAAUUCAUGUUUAAAGAUAUUCUGGGGAGAUGAUAAUUAAAUUAAGAAUGUUAAAGAUAUUGGAAAUAUUGGUUUUUUACAAAAAAUUAUUUCAUUUAAGAAUAAUUGUUAUGGUAAUAAAAUAUUCAUUAAAAUCAAUCCAUUAAGUUAUGGAUAGGCUAAAAAUUAAAAAUAUGAUGGAUUUACAGUUAUGCAUUAUAAAAAUGGAGAUAUUUAUUAUGGAAAUAUCUACAAAGGAAAAUAGGAUGGAGAAGGCAUUUAUUAUAAUAAUAAUAUUUAGGAAUGGUAAUGGAAUAAGUAUUCUAAUGGUAAAUUGAUAUCUCAUUAACUUUAUGGAAAAAAUCUUGUACAAUAAUUAAUAAUAAAUUAAUUGUUAAUCAAUAAUUAAUAAAAUCAUUUAUCUUUAGCAUCAACAGUGUAAAGCUCUCAUCCUGCUCAUCGAGAGAAUCUUUCAUAAAUUUUGAUUGAUGAUGUAGAUAAUAGUAAUAAUGAAAUAUUAGAAAUUUUAUAAAGUUCCUAAAUUGAAUCAAUUGAUUAAGAACUUCACAUUUACAAUUAAAAUAAUUAAAAAGAUGAAAUAGAAAUUAAGUUAUCAAAAUGUUAAAAAUAAAAAGCAUAAUAAAGAAUUGAGAAAUAAAGAUAAAAUAAAUUUUUAACAUAGCCUUCUCAAACAAAAUCUCCAAAAAAUAGUAGAUAAUAAUAAAUGACUUUAAGUACAAUGUAAUCUACACAAAAAACUACAAUAUAUAAGAGAUCUGUUUCACCUAUUUUUACAACUGUUCGUCACUUAUUUUCAGUAAUCAAAAUUUGA